CACGCCGCCUCGCAGCCACGGUAAUAUGCGUGAAGCGCGGACCUUUCAACCCGAACUUUAUUAAUUCUCACGCUAGGCCCCCGGAAGGCGAUGGAGGUGGCCGCUAAUUGCUCCCUGCGGGUGAAGAGACCUCUGUUGGAUCCCCGCUUCGAGGGUUAUAAGCUUUCCCUCGAGCCACUGCCCUGUUAUCAGCUGGAGCUUGACGCAGCUGUGGCAGAAGUAAAACUUCGAGAUGAUCAGUAUACACUGGAACACAUGCAUGCUUUUGGAAUGUAUAAUUACCUACACUGCGAUUCAUGGUAUCAAGACAGUGUCUACUAUGUUGAUAACCUUGGAAGAAUUAUGAAUUUAACAGUGAUGCUGGACACUGCCUUAGGAAAACCACGAGAGGUGUUUCGACUUCCUACAGAUUUGAUAGCAUAUGACAAUCGCCUUUGCGCAUCCAUGCAUUUCACAUCUUCUACUUGGGUUACCUUGUCAGAUGGAACUGGAAGAUUGUAUCUCAUUGGAACGGGUGAACGUGGAAAUAGUGCUUCUGAAAAAUGGGAGAUUAUGUUUAAUGAAGAGCUUGGAAAUCCUUUUAUCAUAAUUCACAGUAUCUCAUUGCUGAAAGCUGAAGAACAUUCGAUAGCUACCCUGCUUCUUCGAAUAGAGAAAGAGGAAUUGGAUAUGAAAGGAAGUGGUUUCUAUGUUUCCUUGGAGUGGGUCACUAUUAAUAAGAAAAGUAAAGAUAAAAAAAAAUAUGAAAUUACUAAGCGUAAUAUUCUCCGUGGAAAGUCAGUGCCCCAUUAUGCCGCUAUUGAGCCCAAUGGGAAUGGUCUAAUGAUUGUCUCUUACAAGUCCUUUACAUUUGUUCAAGUUGGUCAAAAUCUUGAAGAAAGUAAGGAUGAAGACAUGUCAGAGAAAAUCAAAGAACCUCUGUAUUACUGGCAACAGACUGAAGAUGAUUUGACAGUAACAAUAUCGCUUCCAGAAGACUGUACUAAGGAAGACAUUCAAAUACAGUUUUUGCCUGAUCAUGUCAACGUUGUGCUGAAGGGUCAGAGGUUUUUGGAAGGAAAUCUCUAUUCAUCUAUUGAUCAUGAAAGCAGUACAUGGAUAAUUAAAGAGAAUAAUAGCUUGGAGAUUUCCUUGAUUAAGAAGAAUGAAGGACUGACAUGGCCAGAGCUAGUGGUCGGUGAUAAACAGGGGGAAUUUAUUAGAGACUCAGCCCAGUGUGCUGCAAUAGCUGAACGUUUGAUGCAUUUGACCUCUGAUGAACUGAAUCCAAAUCCAGAUAAAGGUAAACCUCCUUGUAAUGCUCAAGAGUUAGAAGAAUGUGAUAUUUUCUUUGAAGAGAGCUCCAGUUUAUGCAGAUUUGAUGGCAGUACAUUAAAAACUACUCAUGUGGUGAAUCUUGGAAGCAACCAGUACCUUUUCUCUGUCAUAGUGGAUCCUAAAGAAAUGCCCUGCUUCUGUCUGCGCCAUGAUGUUGAUGCCCUUCUCUGGCAGCCACACUCUGGCAACCAAGACGAUAUGUGGGAGCAUAUCGCAACUUUCAAUGCUUUAGGCUACGUCCAAGCAUCAAAGAGAGACAAAAAAUUUUUUGCCUGUGCUCCAAAUUACUCUUACGCAGCCCUUUGCGAGUGCCUUCGACGAGUUUUCAUCUAUCGUCAGCCCACUCCCAUGUCCACUGUACUUUACAAUAGGAAGGAAGGCAGGCAAGUAGGGCAGGUUGCUAAGCAGCAAGUAGCAAGCCUAGAAACCAGUGAUCCUAUUUUAGGCUUUCAAGCAACAAAUGAGAGAUUAUUUGUUCUCACUACCAAAAACCUCUUUUUAAUAAAGGUAAAUACAGAGAAUUAAUUACUCCAACAUGUUGGCUUCUCUGUACUGGAAAAGUAUUCAGUGGUAGCUGGAAGGCUGGGCAGUUGUGCUGUAAUCUGUUAAGUUUUUAUUGUGUUAAAAUUAUCUUGUAUGAAUUUAUUUUUUAAAGGAUAUUGGAAAUAUAUUCGAGAUUAUGAGUCUAUAAAAGCUAUGGAAUGAAGCUGCAAAUUUAGAGAAAAUUAGCUUCUGUAAAAAAUGUAAAGAUAGUAUUAGCAAGUAUAAUUAAUUUUUUAAAAACAGGCUAGAAUCUCAUCUUUUAUAUGAAAGAUGUACAAUUCAUGUUUAAAUAAAAAUAUUUAUCAUGUAUUCUUUGUUCACCGAUACAGUUUCUACUUCUUUACCUAUAGAAUGUAUAGGAUAAUGGUUAAAGUGUUGAUUCUUGUAAAUACUUUUUAAAUGGACUGAAUAGCUGGGGCAGAGGGAGAAAUAUAACAGGUACAGCAGGUCUAGUACUGUUAAAGUUUGCUGAGAGACCUUAAGUGUUUUUUCAUAUUAAAUAUAACUUUAUUUAACUUUUAUCCAUUUGGUCUUCCACAGACAUAAAUAAAGAGAGAUGAUAAGGUUCUACGAAGUGUAGCUCUUAUCCAUUGCCAUAUAACAAACCACUCCAAAACUCAAUGGCUUAAAACAGGAUGUUUUAUAAUUUUUCAUGGUUCAUUGACUUGACUGUCUCUGGUCUGCAUGGCGUUUCCUCCUCCAGUAGGCUAGACCGUGUUUCUUCCCAUGACAGAAAAAAACAUUACAAGAGGGCAAGCCCUAAUGUACAAGAGUUUAUCAAGCCUGCACUUGCAUCAUAUUUGCUCAUCUUCCAUUGAACAAAGCAAUUCUAGAGUCAGUGUGAGAGUGGAGUACACAAGGAUACAGAUAGCAGGUGGUAUGAUUCACUGGGAGCCAUUUAUGUAGCAGUCUACCAUACAAAUUAUAAUUCAUCCUGGUAGUUCUCCUUACAUUUCUACAGUUAAGAAAAAGUAAUCCUGUUUGUUUAUACAUUAAAUAUGUUUUGCCAUGAA